AUGUGCUCUUCCUUUUGUUACCACGCGGAUUCUCAUCAAGAAUUCGUGUUGCAGGGCGGCGUUCGCCUUGUGAUCCAGAUGUACAGCAAGUCCAAGGUGGAGCACGUAAGGUUAUGCUGUUUGCUCUGCCUGUUGUACCUGGCCGAGAGCGGCUCCUCGCAGCGCGCCAUCGCCCAGGAGAAGGGCGUGAAGAUGUUGCUGACGGCCUGUGAAAACGAGACCCACAUCGAUCUCAUCGUGAACGCCUUGAAGGCGCUCAUCCCCUUUGCUUGCUCGGACGAGUUCCGUCCGCAGCUGGGCAUGGAUGGCGCCCUAGACACCUUCUCGGCCUUCAUGUUCUCGGACCAGUUGCAACUGCAACAGUUGGGGAUCUAUUUGCUGCAAAACCUCUUGGAGCCUUGGCACCGCAUGGCGCUGCCGGCUGAUGUGCUGCCGAAGGUGCUCGCCUUCGCGCCGGCCGACCUGCAAUGUUUGUCCUCGCUACGAGCGGUAAGCCGAGACGUCAAAGAGCGUACGGAAGCUGGAUGGUGGAAAGAGCAGGUGCGACAGAUGAAAGCCUUUGUGGAUCGACAUGCUAACUUGUUUGCUGAUGAUCCAGAGAUAGAUGAAGAGAAUGACGCUGGUACUACUGAAGAGCAACAAGAGGCGUUUGCUCGGAAUAUCCUCCUCUGGGUAAAGCCACUCCUGGUGAAUCAGCCAUGGAGGACAGACGCUUCUCAUGGUGUUCAUGGCGACGAUUCUACUCUGCAAGCUGCCUACAUCAAUUUGAGACGAGCGCUGGCAAACUUGGGUGAGAGAAGGAACCAUGUCCUCAAAGAUAUUUGCCAACAAGCACGUUUCAUCGAGGGCUGUCAUUUGAGGCAGAGCCACACUGCCAGGCACGCUGUGCACACGAUUGUUUCGCAGGAUGAUGCCAACCUUGAAACAACUGAGACCAGAAGCGAAGAUGCCAUGUCUGGAUCCUUUGCCCACACCGAAAUGACCAGAGACGGGAAUUUCCAGGCAGAACUGAUGACCAUUUGCAGCCGUCUCGGAAUUUCCGAUGAAGUUGCCCAGGACUUGCUCACCACCCUGGAACAGCGGGGUAUUCUUCCCUCGCUGCCCCACGUUGACCGCUUCGAUGAGAGUUCUUUGGCCGGAGAGUCCAAAGCAUUGGAUCGGAUGCAGCAAGGGAUGUCCGAGGAACAGGCUCGUGCCACGUGUAGGCAGAUUCAGGAGCAGGGGGUGAUGCCUGCUACAGCCAUUUUGGACGUAAGGUCCGAAAUCGCCAUGCCGAGGAGUCGAGGUCAGUAUCUCUGGAUCUUGGUUUGA